AUGAACAUGGAUGUAGAUACCGUAUGGUCUAACUGGAAAAAACUGUUUCUAUCGGUAGUCGAUAAACAUGCUCCUGUUAUUAGUAAGAGAAUUCGAGGUUUAGAAACACCAUGGCUUUCUUCAAAAAUAAAGUCUCUUAUGUACGAACGACAUUACAAUCUUAGAAAUGCCCGCGCAAAUAACUCUGAAUUAUUUUGGAGAACAUAUAAGAAGCUUAGCAAUACUGUCACGGCUGAAAUCCGAAAAGCUAAAUCAAAUUUUAAUAAGAAACUUUUAGAAGAGAACAUGGAUAACCCUAGCAAAUUCUGGAAAUCUAUUAAAAUAAUUACAUCCGGCAAUAAAACCAAGACUAAUCCGCCCAUACGAGUAAAGUCCAUUUUCAAUGAUAAAGUAACCGAGACUGAUGCAGAUACAGCUACUACGUUGGGCAUAUUUUUCAGUCGAGUAGCGGAACGAACCUCUAAAGAAUUUUAUAAACUGCAUCCAGCCUUAACCUCUUUAUCCUCAGUCCCGGCUUACAUACUCAAUUCAAGUAAUGUUGGACCUAAUGUUUUCAACUUUAAAGAAAUUGAGAUAUGUAACAUUUACAAUCAUCUUCGAACAUUGAAAACGACUAAAGCCAUUGGUCUGGACGGUAUUCCAGCAAAGUUGCUUAGAGACUCAGCAUCAGUUAUUGCGCCAUCAAUAACCUCACUAUUCAACCUAUCGUUAUCCACAUCAACAUUUCCGAGUGAUUGGAAAUUAGCCAGAAUUAUUCCCAUCUAUAAAGGCAAAGCCCGAAACGACCCAAGUAACUAUAGACCCAUCUCAAUUCUCCCAACCCUAUCCAAAAUUCUCGAAAGGGAAGUUCAUAAGCAGUUAAGCACCUACCUAGAAGCCUUAAACCUUAUUUCGGGAUCUCAGUUUGGUUUCCGUAAGAAGUAUUCAUGCCCAAUGGCUAUCACUCUUAUAUCUGACACCAUUAGGAAAAAUUCUGAAGCGGGUCUAUUGACAGGCGCAGUUUUCCUCGAUGUUCAAAAAGCAUUCGAUACAGUUUCACAUCCGAAGCUACUCAGUAAACUGAGAUUCUUUGGAAUCCGUGAUAACGAACUUAAUUGGUUUGAGGACUAUUUGUUAGAUAGGUACAUUCAAGUUGGAGUGAACGGUGCAUUAUGUUCAUCAUUUCCUGUGAAUUCAGAAGUACCGCAGGGAUCUAUAUUGGGACCAUUGCUUUUUAUAAUGCACAUGAAUGACUUAUUGCUUACUCCCUUUACUGGCUCUAACCUGAUAAUGUAUGCUGAUGAUACCGUGAUCUAUUUCGCUGCAAAGACCACUGCUGAAAUUAUCGAUAUACUAAAUGAGGACUUAAAGAUUAUCGGAGACUGGGCAAUCAACAAUGAAAUCUAUCUGCACCAAGGGAAAUUGGAAUCGGUCCUCUUUGGGACGCACAAACGGAGAUCAAUAAAUGAACCCUUAAAAGUUCAAAUUUAUGGCCUUGAUAUAAAGUCGUCAUUGGUAUACAAGUACCUUG